AUGGAAGUACCCAAAUGGCUGGAAUAUGAAGGGGGUGACAUCACUUUGGACGACGAGUUUGAUAUACUUUACCAUUACGUUGAGCCAAAUCCAAUUGAAUACGAAAUCAGACGCUAUGUAUUAGAAAAGUACACCCGAGUUAUCGAGAAUGACAAAAAAUCCGAAAUCAAAGUUGUGCCGUUUGGGUCGACUCAGUCAAAACUAUUUCUUCCAUCGAGCGACAUUGAUUUCACUGUUGUUACUAAGGGAGGGAAGACAAAUAUGGUGUUAAAUUCCGUCGCGAGGAUACUCAGUCUGUAUACGAUGGAAGACGAGAAGAGAGCACUGAGAGCGACAGUGCCAGUCAUUAAACUUACUGAUAGAGAAACGGGAAUUGUUUUGGACAUCUCACAUAACAAUGAAAGUGGAGUCGAUACAGUAAGGUGGAUGGAAAAGGAAAUGAAAUCAAACGCGUUGAUUAGGCCCUUGUUGUUUAUAAUCAAAACUGUCUUGAGUAGUUAUGAACUCAACCUCCCGGCCCUAGGUGGACUUGGGACUUACUCUCUCUUCAUGAUGGUGUUUUGUUUUUUCAGGGAAAAGGGGUCUGAUUUGAAAGACAAAAGAGGGGGUGCAAUCUUGUUAAGAUUUUUGAAGUACUACGCCACCGAAUUCGACUCGAGAAAAUUCGGUUUGUCGGUUACAGGAAACUUUUCGAGAGAGGAAAGACAUUGGGACGCGAGUUUGCAAAACUUGAGUAUCGAAGACCCCUGUGAUACAAGCAACGAUGUGUCGAUCUCAUCAUACAAAUGGCCGUACAUCAAGUUCAUAUUUAAGAUGUCGUACGCUGCACUAUUUUUCACGAAUAAAAAGACGUACAAUAAAAAGAGCUCUUUGCUUGGAAGAAUUCUCACUUUGUCUGACGAUUUUUGUGAGAAGAGAAUUAAUUGGAUUAAGUACUGGAACAAAAAGAGAAAGGACAACAAUUCGUUCAAUAACGGAUUUUUGGAGAUCAACGUCAAUUCCAAAACAAAAGAAAUUGUGUGCAUCGAUGAUGACAGUGUCAAUGAAAAAGAACAGAAAGUUGAAGUGCAAACAUCAGAAAAUCAGUUGGAGAUUUCUAAGAAAGUUGAACUUCAAACAAUCGACAAAGAAAUUAAUCACCAAAGCACUGAGGAGGUAAAAGAUAAUAAACAAAAUAAAGCCAACGCAAUGGAAACUGAAACAAACAUGCCACCACAAUGCGAAGAAAAAGAAGUCGAAAAGGUCAUAGAAACAACAACACAAAAGUGUGAAACUCAAACCCCUGUUGUGUCGCCCACCACAACGCCAAAAGAAAAAAAUGAUGGUCAAAUUGAAACAAGACAAGAUGACAAAAUUAAGGAGCAAAAAGAACAAUUACAAGAACAAACUGAUAUCACACCCGUUAAACCACAAACUGAAACACUUUGA